UUUCUAGAUAUCGUUACCUAUAAAUGUAGAUGUGUUCUACAUCUAGUUUGCCUAUUUCACUCUGUUGUGCAUUUGUCAAUGUUAGUACUAGACUCCCAAUAAUGUUGUACUUAAUACAUUGUUUGGUUUAGCAUAGGUGUUUUCAUAACCUGCUUGAUAAUGGUCAUCACAAACUCAGAAAUGAAAAGGAGAAAUGACUUUCCGCAAAACUUAAAGCGCCGAAAAGUUGAUGUUGUGCGAGAUUUUCCUGACGGCUGUGGAUCCCUUGCUUCUUCAACGUGCCAGAGCAAAUUUGAAGAGGGUGACAAUGCAAAGCAUAUACAAAAUGCUGCUGCUGUCAAAAAGGUGGAAUCAAUAUCUGUGCCUGGUAUGAGAAAAUGGUCACAUAUUAAGCGUGAUUUUCCAACUCGUGGAACUUUUGUUUCCCAUGACCCUUUCCCUUCCCUUGCCCAAAGUAGUGAAUCAAACAAUUCGAAUUUACCAGUUGAGAACAAACUUUCAGGAGCCUGUAUUAACUAUGAUGCAGAUGCUUUUGGAAUGUGCACGACACUAAUUAGGAAGGAGCAGCUUAAUGAUGACAGUGAGAAUCAGAAAUGUAAUAACUUGGUUAUGGAUGAAGAAGCUAUAGACAGCUGCAAGAAAGUGAAGGAGGCUUUAGAUAUGUACCAUAAGAUACUAAGCAAGUUAUUGCAUAACUCAAAUGGGAAGAAAAUGCAAUCAAAAUUUGCAGGAAGUACUUAUUUCAUUGCAGCAAAGAUGCUUUUUAAGCAAGAGAAGUGGGUUAAGUUUGUUAAGCAAACAGGGCCUAUUCCAGGGGUUCAAGUGGGUGAUAAGUUUCAACGUAGAGCUGAACUCAAAGUUGUCGGCCUUCACAAUCAUUUCAUUCGCGGUAUUGAUUACAUGAAGAAUGAUGGGAAGCUCUUGGCAACAAGUGUCGUUGAUUCCCAUCGUUAUGAAAAUGACAAUAUAUCUUCUGGUGUUUUGAUAUACUCUGGGGAAGGUGGAAAUCCAUUGAUUGGUGUAAAAAAGAAACUAGUUGAUCAAAAAUAUGAGCAAGGGAAUCUUGCAUUAAUGAAUUGCAAGGAAUCAAAGGCGCUUGUAAGAGUGAUUCGUCACUUUAAAAUUUCAAGGAAAUCUAGUCAUAUUGGUUUGAGUGGUAAGAGGUUGUCCAAUACCAUGUAUGUGUAUGAUGGUCUGUACAUUGUCGAUGAGUAUUGGCAAGAAAGAGGAAAGUUUGGUAAGCUUGUCUUUAAAUUCAGGUUGAAAAGAGCUUUGCAACAACCGAAGCUGAAUUUUCAAGAGCUAAGGCUAAUGGGCAAUUCAAAGUGCUCAAAAAUCAAGAAGGAUGUUGUGCGUAUGAAUGACAUAUCUCAAGGAAAAGAGAAGGUUCCUAUUCGACUUAAGAAUACAGUAGAUGAAGAGAAGCUCCCAUCUUUUGAUUACAUUACAAGUAUCAUCUAUCCCAAGUAUAUUGAACCUGUUUCGUCAAAUUAUUGCUCCUGUGUUGAUGGAUGCGGAGACUUGGAGAAAUGUAAUUGCAUCCUUAAAAAUGGUGGGGAAUGGCCAUAUAACUCUAAGGGCUGUAAUGUCACAUCCAACUCCAUCAUUUAUGAGUGCGGCCCUUGUUGUAAGUGCUCUGAUUCUUGUACCAGUAGGUUAACUCAAAAUGGUAUCUUUCUCCAGUUGGAAGUUUUCAAGACGGGGGCAUAUAGGUGGGGUGUUAGGUCAAGAUCUUACAUUUCGAAGGGAAGUUUUUUGUGCGAGUACAUUGGUGAAGUUCUUCAUGAUAAGGAAAUUCAGAACAGGAUCAACAAUUUGUAUAGUAAACGUUCAUGUGAAGGUGGCAGUGUGUGUUUACUUACCUAUUCACAAGUGAGUUCAUUUCCUACAGACAGCUUCACAAUUGAUGCUACAUUGCAUGGAAAUGUUGCUAGAUUUAUUAAUCAUAGUAACUCUCCUAAUCUUCGAGCCCAAUAUGUUCUAUAUGAUCAUUCUGAUGUGAAAGUGCCGCAUGUGAUGCUAUUUGCGAACAAGGAUGUACCGCCAUUGCAGGAGCUGACUUAUGACUAUAGUAGCACACUAAACAAAUUUGGUUUGGUUUUUAAAAGGUAGAAUUUAGGCAGAAAGGUGAUUCUCUUCUUCUUCCUUUUUUCAUGUAAAAAUGUCGUUCUACCUGUUUUUAUGUAGGAAGUAGAAAGUUCUAGCAAAAAAAAUGUAGAAAUUAGAAGUU